AUUUGCGUCUGUUCUUCGAAAAUGUCUUCUAUUUUUCUUCGAGUUGCUGUUGGCGUGACAGCGGGAACUUUGUUUUGUUUGAAGGCAGUACCACAUGUUUUUCCACAUGAGUACGUUAAAAGAGUGAUGGAACUGAAAGUUGGCAGUACCGAGGUAGAAGUCCCUGCAAGAUGUAAGGAGCAACUCGCAAGAAUAGCUCCUAAACUUGGAAUUAACGAUAAUCAAGAGAAAAUCGCCUUCUUCGUCUGCAAAUCUCUCUUUCCCAUGUCAGCUGGAGCCACGUGGCUUCCAAAUGGCGCCGUCAUAGGAGUUCCUUUGACUUUCUUUUUCAAACAAGAGGAAGACAUUGCAAGAUUCCAGCAAGUCCGACAUAAAGACGGAGAAGUCCCUUUCUACUUACGAGGCAAGAUAGGCAGUAAAUUCAAAGACACACUACUUUUGUCGGAUGAUAGUAUAGCAUUCCUUAUAGGCCAUGAACUGAGUCACAUCAAGAGGAUUGAUUUGGCCUCUCAAGUCUUUUUAGCACCUUCAUGGCUGUAUAUAACAUUUGAAGUAGCAAGCAGAACUAGAAGACUGGUACCUAAAGCUCCAGUCAUUGUGGAUGGCAUUUUAAAAGUCGGGUUUUGUUUGACCAGUUAUUUUUGUUACUGGAGAGCACAGCGUUAUCUUAACCAUUAUCAAGAAUUCAAAGCAGACGAAAUGUCUGCGAGAAUUGACCCAGACAUGGCUGUCGGUGGUGUGGAUUGGAUGUUGAAGACAAUGAGGUUUAACUCUUUUAUGAGAUACAUACAUGAGAGAGGUACUUCUAGAGUGCAAUCAUCAGGCCAAGGCUACACUCAUCCAAAGCUAUUGGACAGACUGAGGAAACUGGAAGUGAUAGUAGACAAAACAAUGAAAGGAAAUAGAGUCCUUCAUGAUGGGGAAACUGCAAUGUCAUAGUGGCUGGACUCAUGAAUUGUCCUUUCCAGCAGUCUUCCAUGAAUAACCAUCCUUGAAUUCUUUUUUCCUUCGAUAGAUUGAUUUUUUUCAAUAGCUUGUGAGUCAACAUCUUUAUCUUGGAAAGGGCGGCAAUAGUCAACAAUACAUUUUUCUUCUGCCAAAAAUAACUUAUUUAAUAGCAGAAAAAAGAGAUUAUCUUGAUUGAGAAAUCUAAUUUUCAUCCAGUGCAAUAUGGUGGUUUUCCAUGUUGUACUAGUUAAGGUGUGCAAGAGCAUCAGUUAAAUAUCCUCAGUUGAAAGGUUUUUUCAAAUGUCUCUUACAUUCAGAAGAAGAAUAGUACAUUUGCUAAACAAUUUUGCCUAUAAAAUUUUGACUUCUCCAGUUUAAUAGUUUUGUGCAAAUAAAGGUAUUGUGUUUGCUUGAUGGGCGUGAAAUAAAAUUCUGAUAAAAUUCUGUUA